AUGCCGGUAAUCACCAUAAACGGCCCCAUCGGCGCCGGUUCAAUCGAAGUGGGGCAGAUGGUCGCCCGAGACCUCAGCCUUAAUUACGUCGACCGCAUGGUAUUUGCUGAGGCAGCCCGGAUUAUCGGUUCUCCGGUGUCCAACCUCAUCGCCAAAGAGCAGCGGGUCGAGCGGUUCGGCGAUCGGGUAACCGCCCUGUUGGGACGUGUUCUCGAACGCGCCGCCGUCUCUGGCGAUUACGAUCUGGGCGCCGGCAUCGAAACGCUACCUGAAACCUAUCUUGAAUUGGCCGGCGAAGCCUCGUCGCGGAUUCAGCGCGUCAACGACCAGGUUUUCAUUGAUACCACCACCGAGGUGGUCCGCAAUCUCGCCCAGGCCGGCCACGUCGUCAUCAUCGGCCGCGGCGCCAACGUCAUCCUGGGAGACACCCCCGGAGUGCUCCACGUGGGCAUCAUGGCGCCCAUGGAAAAACGAAUCGAAACCAUCAUGGAGCGCGAGCAUCUUACCGAGUCCGAAUCUCGUUCCUACCUGGAAGACCUGGAAGAAGCAAGGGUCAAAUUCUUCCAGAAAUUCUUCAAGGUUUCCCCGCUCGACGCAACGCUCUACCACAUUAUGCUAGACAUGGGGCACAUGGCUUCAGACACCGCGGCUCGUAUUAUCACCCACGCCGCCGGCGACCUGGAGCAUUAA